AUGCAGUUUUUCCCUAUCUGAGCUAGGAUGUCAAGGCGACAAGGCGUACCAGCAGCGUACGGUCUCCCCACGCGCAUGUACAGCCUACACACUUGAUCACGGGGUUGCAUCACUAAAACCGCGCGACGUACUGUAUGUACACCGGCACACUUGUGAAAUACGCAAAUCUGCCAUGAAAGUGCAUCACAUGUGAAGCCAUCAUGAGCACCAAGGGCCGAGCAGGGCAGUACACGCUCCUCUGCUCCGCAUCUUGGACAUCCACCCGGUCCACCCGCUCUGGACAUACUCAUGCCGCCGUACCGCGGGGCAUACGCGCUCGGCCGGGGCUGCUGGCACUGGCACCGGCGCACCGCCCGCCCAGCCCGUCACCGUGCUCCGAGCCGCGCCGAAUCCAAUCCACCAUGAGCCGGGGAGUGGGUCUGGGUUGCGCCGGUUCACCGUACAGGCUUUUAUCGAACCUGACCACGGCGCACCAACCGACCGCGGGGUAAAGCGGCAGCAGAAGAACGCUCAUCUGCUGCGCUGUGCUCCCCAGACGGACGGAUCCAACGGCCAACCCCACCCCACCCAUCUCUUCCUUCUUAAAUCGCUCGCCCAGGUUGCUUUGUCCUCCUUCUGCACCUCCCACAGUCUCACACCACAUCGAUCACUCUGCUCUGCUCUCUUCACUUGCUCACUUCCGGUGGCUAGUCCCGUUUCCCAACACCGGCCACAGAACCCGCUUGUCUUCUUCCCCGAGGCCGAGGCCACGCACAUGGCGCUGCCUCCCAUCCUCGUCAUCCUCCCGCUCAUCCUGCUCGGCUCGCAAGCGGCCUGGUCGGCGCAGCAGGCCGCCACGCUGCACGAGCGCGACGCGGCGGCGCUCAGGGACGUCCGCGCGGGACUGAGGGACAUGCCAGGCUCUCGGUUCUUCGACUCUUGGGACGACGCGCGCAGCCCGUGCGCCUACGCCGGCGUCGUGUGCGCGCCCGAUGAGGACGACCCGGCGUCGGGCGCGCUGCGCAUCUCUGUCCUCACUCUUGGCACCGGCCUGGCUGAUUCCCCCGGCCUGGCGGGUACGCUCCCGGCCUCGCUCGCCAGCCUCGCCGCGCUCACGGACCUCGUCCUCUACCCGGGCAGCGUUUCGGGGGCCAUCCCCGCCGACAUUGGCUCGGGGAUCCGCCGCCUAAGGCUCCUCUCGCUCUCCGGCAACCAGCUCACCGGGCAGGUGCCCGAGUCGCUCGCCGGGCUACCCGAUCUGCACACGCUCGACCUCGGCAACAACCGCCUCGAGGGCGCCAUCCCAACCGGCUUGCUGCUGCCCUCUUCGCCGAGCCUCAAGGUGCUCAUCCUGGCCAACAAUGGCGGCCUCUCCGGGCAGAUUCCUGCUCAAUUCUCCAGCUCGCAGCUGUUCCACGUCGACCUCAGCCGGAACGCCAUCACCGGCAAGCUCCCGCCGCUGCCGCCGACCAUCCGGUACUUCUCCGUUGCUGCUAAUGGGAUGCAGGGCAGCCUCGACGGCGUCUUCGUCGACGGUUCCGCCCCCGCCGACCUGGCCUUCCUCGACCUGUCCAUGAACAACUUUUCGGGCUCCAUCCCGCCGGAGGUGUUUGCUCUCCCGAGCGCAUCCUCGCUGCUCCUGGCCCGGAACAACUUCACCGGACCGCUCACCGUGCCGGCCGCCCCGGCGCCGUGGGCCGUGGUGGACGUCAGCCACAACGGCAUCUCGGGCGAGGUACCGGAGGCGCUGGCGGUGGCGGGGAGCCUGUACGUGAAUAACAACCGGAUGACCGGCGAGGUUCCCCGGGCGGUGGCACGCAGCGUGUUCGCGGGCCGCAUGACGACCUUCUACGCGCAGCACAACUUCCUGACCGGCUUCCCGGCACCGCCGCUGCCGCUGCCGGACUCCGCAGCACUGUGCCUGUCGUACAACUGCAUGGAGCUGCCGUCCCCUUACGCCGCCGAAGGGUGCCCCACCAUCGGCGGCCCCCUGGAGGCCAGGCCCGCCGACCAGUGCCGCAGCACCGACGACGCCGGCAGCAGCGGAGGCGACGGCUGAGCCGCCUGCCGACGCGGCAUCCCCGUGGAUGCCAGGUGGGGUAUGCUCGCGGCUCGGCACGGGCGGAGGUGUUGGUUGGGGACUUGGGGACGGGACACCAGGCUGGAGCUGACCGCUGGCCUCACAUUUUUCCUUUGUCCGUUUGUUUCCGCUGUGGUUUUCAUGUGAUUGGCUUUGAAUUCAUUGCGGCUUGUCGUCCCAUGGCAACGGUCACAGGGGGAACGGGUGUGCGCGCCUGUGCGCAUGUGUGCUAUUAUUAGUUUAUUACUCACUAGAUUGUACGUCGUGUCUACAAACAUACUUUACAAGGCCGUCUGACCCUGCUCA